AUUCAUACCCAUGGGGGAGCUGGACAUGGUGGUCCGUUCAGAGUCCAGACUGGCCGGCGGCCCUCCCUGCGCCCUCCCGCACGGCGUGGCUUAUAGCCAUCGGUGCCGCAUGCAUGCCUCAAAGCUCCGCUGCCCAUGGUGCAAAUGUUGAAGAUGUCCAAGAGAAGGAACGCAGCGCCGCCAAGGGAUUUGACAUUGAGAAAGCUGAGGGUUGCACAGCUCAGGUGCUGCGGAUCGAUCAGGUGGCCGUGCGGCAGCAGCAGCAGCAACAGCAGCAGCAGCGGUAUUGGUGGAUCCCGGGCGGUCUCAUUCUAGGGUUCGUUUCGUUUGGCAGGAGCCCCUCAUCAUCAUCCUUCCAACUGAAUGUCAGCACAGCCGCUCGCGGCGCCCCUUGUCGACCUCGAACAUUUUCCGGGUUGGAUCUCGACACUCUCUUGUCUUCGAGCUGGGCAUCGUCCGAAUUCGUCGGCAUGCACGCCCCGGCCAGAAACGCGGCAGUGGCGCCGGCACUCCCUGUCGAGCUGGUCCUUCACAUUGUCGAUUCUGUGGCCCCGUCAAACCCCUGCACAAUUCUGCCGCCGACCGACGAGGUGACCAAGACGCUGCUGAGCCUGUCCCGCGUCUGUCGUGCAACGUAUCCAGCGGCAUCCAAAAAGCUUCGCCAGCACUGCGUGUACAUAGACUCCAACAACAGGGCGAGACGAUUCGCCCGAUACUUGGGCGGCCCCCUCUUCGACCAUUCUGGGUCCAUGGCUCGCGUCCAUCACUUGACGCAGAUCACACAGAUGUUCCUCUCCCCCUUCACCGAUGAGCCGCGCGAGCGUAGCAGAUCCAUCAUAUACAGGGAUGUGGGCGAUGAGACCUCGUCGGACCAUUCGUGGGACCUCACGGCUCCCUCGCCGCUGGAUCUUCCCACCGCGCUCGCUGUGCGCGACAUCUUCAGGGCCCUGGCCCCGUAUCUUCGUCGUCUCGUCAUAGACAUGCCGUUGCGCUCACUGUAUCCCGACCAGGAUCGCUAUCGCGUGCGCCCGGUUUUGCGAUCCGCCUUCCAGGCGUUGGUGAACCUAGAAGAGUUCACGUCUGUCCAGGACGAGCUGUUCCUGAACGCCUAUUCUUUGGGUCGCGGAGAGCCGCUGGUCUGGCUACACUGCUGGAAGAAGCUGCGGCGCCUCUGUAUAUACAAUCCCGAUAUCGCAUCGCAGCAGCCUGUGUGGGAUGGCAUGGUUCUCCAUCCAAGUCUGCAGAUUGCCAUAUUUGCGCGGGCAGACAUGAACGACAUAACAGAGGAAGACAUGACAUACAGUACCGUGGACAUGAAAAAGGCGUGGUUCAACUCGCGGUCCAGGAUCAAGGACAUUGACCCGUCGAAGAGUGAUCGGGCCGAGAAGAGCUUCACGAUUGUUCUGGUCGACUGUGGCGGACUGCAGCCAACCCUGCAAUCAUUUGCACCAGAGUGGAGAAGACUCGAUCCAGAGAACCGGAUUCAGAUUCUGCUCUCCGAUGCGCCGGAGUCGGAUGGUUCAGAUGGCUUCCAGAAUCCGAUAGCUCUCACCCAGACAUACCUGCGAGAUAAUGCGGUUCGUGGUACUCUAUUCGACGAUAAAGCCAUGUCCAUGCGGCAAGCAAUUGGUCAUGAGAUGGAAACCGGUGACUUUUUGGCUACUACGAACGGCAUUGAUUGAGGUGACCAAUUUGCAUGCAUGGCCGAAGUACUGGAAGAUGUGAGGGAGGCGGUGUUGGGACCAUCGAGACGCCCAAACGACUCCAAUACGUCCAGUGAGAGGUGCCAUGCUAUCAAAUACAACUAUUCUCAGUCGAAGCCCCACGACAACCCGCCAUCAAGGGACCCAUGGCGAUGAAGGAAUCUGCUGUGUCGCGCAGUGUAUCCCCCCACCCAUCAGUGGCAGCUCCUGUAAGGAUACUGUCACGAUCUCUCUCUCACCCUCGAACAACCGCUGAAUCGUCGCCAAAGCGGUCGCAUCGGAAUUUUUGUCGCCAAACUGAGGGAAUAUUAGCCCUCCAUUGACCAUGAGGUAGUUGGCGUAGUUGAAUGCCGGCGGAGGUAAUUCGCUGGCCUCGAUUGCCCUCAAAUACUCCUCAUCAGCAACGGCCUCGGAGAUGUCGGGUUCUGAUAUCUCAAUGACCUCGAGCGAACGUCCUUUGGCAUCCUUUUCUCUGGAAAUAAUGUCGACCGCUUCUUUGUAUGCUCGCACCCAGACGCUAGCCGCAUUCCGAGUCUCCUCCGCGCUUGGUCUACUCAACAGAACGACUCCAGGGCGCACGAAGCGGAUGAAGGCAUCGAUGUGGCAGUCCGUCACCUCCACGUCCUUGACGCCCGGAACCCAUAUGAGCCUAUCGAUUCCCAGCGUGCGAGCGAAUUCUGCCUCGAUGUCCUCUCGGCUCAUUCCGGGAUUACGAUUGUCGUUGAUGAUGGAGCUCUCGGUGGCGAUCAUGGUUCCUUCGCCGUCGACCUCAAUGGCGCCGCCUUCUGUGACAACCGUCGACUCGAUGCGCUGAAUCUUAAGGUCUUGCAGCAGCGUGCGCGCAAAACCAACGCAUGUCUCUGUCCCGAGGCCGACAGACGUGUCUGUCCGAAACUUGUUCCCCCAGCCGUUGAAGUUGAAGUCGACGCCGCAUAUCGCGCGGCUAUCUGGCCCAUUGGGCCUCGUUCUGGCAGUGAAGGUUGGCGCUAUGUCGCGCAUCCACAAGUCGAGCUGUUUUCCGUCAAUGGGGUGUAGGCCAACGUUGUGUUUUGUCGUCCCUGGGGCAAACCGGCUCCGCGCGUCUUCCAGGCGGGCUCGCUCGACGACCAGGGUGACGGGUUCGAAGCGCGCGACAGCGUCGGCAAUGGCGGACACUUCUCUUGUCGCGGAGGCGAGCGCGCCAGGAAAUUCUUUGUAGUGAACGGUUUCGCUACCGGGCCAAGCGAGAAUGGUGCGAGCGUGUCGCGCCCAUUCCGCUGGACGAUGGAAUGCUUGUGAAGCGAGUCGAAUGUGAGCCAUGACGACAAGUGGCACCGCGAAAUGUCAAUUGAACACGACGUCUGAGGCGAGUUGUGAGAUGAAUGAGAGCUUGAUCAAAUCUGCAUGAUAGCGAAGCGGAGAAGGGCGUUACAAUCCCAUCAUACGAAGUAUUGAUUCCUCAGGCAAUGAACUUGGUUCACGUGAAACGACACAUCACGACCCGACGCGAAAUACACCAGCGAGUCGAGGCUGUGCCUAGCGCCGAGGGGUCUUCUUAUACUACCUGUUUCGGUACC